AGGUGCAUUAGUUUGAUAAAAGGAAAAGAAGUUGACCCCAAAAGCUAUCAUCAUCAUUCAUCUUCCACUGAAAUGAUGUAGGAAACGAAUGAACACAAUUUGGAAUCAAAUUCCAUUAAAAUCAGUAAUUUAGUAUGCAGGUUCAUUGUACCUGCACUCACCCACCCAUGAGAUUUGCGCCUUCUUCUUCUUUUUCCAAAUUCAUUGGCUUUUCAAAGCAUUUCCACACUCUUAUUGCUCCUUCUUCCCCAAAGUUAUCGCCUUUCGUUCUUGCUGCCACCAUGUCCACCGACACUCUUCCCACUCAGAAUCACACCACCGCCACCACCACCCAACGUCCUUUGCAGGUUGCAAAGCGCUUAGAGAAGUUCAAAACAACAAUCUUCACCCAAAUGAGUAGUCUUGCAAUCAAACAUGGAGCCAUAAAUCUUGGUCAAGGAUUUCCCAACUUUGAUGGUCCAGAUUUUGUGAAGGAAGCAGCGAUUCAGGCAAUCAGGGAUGGAAAAAAUCAGUAUGCCCGUGGCCAUGGAAUUCCGGACCUGAACCUUGCCAUUGCUGAGAGAUUUAAGAAAGAUAGUGGACUUGUGGUGGACCCUGAAAAGGAAGUUACAGUUACAUGUGGGUGCACUGAAGCAAUUGCUGCAACUAUAUUAGGAUUAAUAAACCCUGGCGAUGAGGUUAUUGUGUUUGCUCCUUUUUAUGAUUCUUAUGAAGCUACUUUAUCCAUGGCUGGUGCAAAUAUAAAAUGCAUCACUUUGCGCCCUCCGGAAUUUGCUGUCCCAAUCGAAGAAUUGAAGUCAGCUGUGUCGAAGAAUACUCGUGCCAUUAUGAUAAAUACUCCUCACAAUCCUACCGGAAAGAUGUUCACCCGAGAGGAACUCGAUUCCAUUGCAUCUCUUUGCAUUGAGAAUGAUGUUCUUGUUUUUAGUGAUGAAGUCUAUGAUAAGUUGGCAUUCGAUAUGGAGCAUAUUUCACCCACUUCGUUACCUGGCAUGUUUGAGAGGACAAACUCCACUCCUAUGCAGUGGGCAACAGCAGAAGCUCUUAGAGCACCAGAGUCUUACUAUGUGGAGCUAAAGAGAGAUUACAUGGAAAAGAGAGCUAUUUUGGUGGAAGGAUUGGAAUCUGUUGGCUUCAAGGUAUUUCCAUCAAGAGGAACCUAUUUUGUGGUUGUAGAUCACACGCCUUUCGGACUGGAAAACGAUGUAGCAUUUUGUGAGUAUCUAAUUAAGGAGGUUGGGGUGGUGGCGAUUCCUGUCAGCGCGUUUUGCUUGGAUCCAGAAGACGGAAAGAAUCUUGUCAGGUUUACUUUCUGCAAGGAUGAGGGAACACUGAAGGCUGCAGUUAAGAGGAUGAAGGAGAAGCUUAGAAAAUGAUCCUAUUGCAUGAUCAAGUAAUGUGAUGUGAAAUCAUUACAAAAGUGUUGAGUUGUAGUAACUUCUGGUUUAUUGAAUUAUAUGCUUGGCUAUCUAGUCACAGGUCCUCAUAAGCUGGUAAUUCAUGUUGUUCAGAGUUCAUCUAACAUUUUUGGUUAGGGGUAGUUUAUUCUUUUGCAUGUUUUCAUGGAUCUUAUCCCCUGCCCCAAGCCUUUUCCCCCCUUGUUUUGGAUGUAAUGUACGGAAUAAAUAAUAAUAUGGAUGAUGAUAUUUUGGUA